GUUGAAGUUUCCUGCUACUGACAUAAGUAGUUCAUUUUCCAAUCAUAUGAGUAAUCCUUCUCCAGCAGAUGAAUUUUCAGUGCCUACUCAGGAUGAUAAAUUACAUCCUUUUGGUCUGUUAAUGUCUGAGCUCCAAGAGACCUCUGAUUUAAGGGGGUUCUAAGUCAUCCAACAUGGCUUCGAACAUAGCUUCUCCAAGUCAGAUCAGCAAUCAUUUGCUUGAGAGAGAUGCUGGUUUUGUUAAUCAGAGUUCUCUCAGAACCAUGGUGGAUCAACCUGCUUUUCUGGAAACAUGGUCUGCUGAUCGCUACCCCAAUGCUCAUCUAGGUCCUGUGGAUGUGCGUCAGUUAUCUCACCGGGAACAGGAGUUCAAUGCCCUUGACUUGGGAGAGCACAUGAUCUCCCAAAAGUUUCUUGAGGAACAUCUUAAGCAACAGGAUCAUCUAAAUCAUUCUUUUUCACAUGCUAGUGGAGUGGGGGUAGAGCAAAUACCCAGUUUUGCUGCUUUGCAGGGUAAAAAUUCUAAUCUUCAGCAGUCACUUCAUCAUCCUGUGCAAGAUCUGGACCAUCUUUUUCAAAUUAAAGUUCAGCAGCAGCGGCAGCUUGAGCUCCGGCAGCAGCUGGAGCUUCAGCAACAGCUCGAACUUCAGCACCAACUUGAGCUUCAGCAGCAGCUUGAGCUUCAGCAACAGCUUGAGCUUCAGCAGCAGCUUGAGCUCCGGCAGCAACUUGAGCUCCAGCAGCAGCUUGAGCUUCGGCAGCAGCGUGAAUUUAUGCAGCAGCAACUGUUGAUGCAGCAGCAGCAGCAGGAGCAGCAGCUCCGCAACCAACAUCUGAAGUUAUUGAUACAGCAGCAGCAGCAGCAGCAGCAGCAGCAAUCUCAUGCUCAACAGCUACUUCUUGAAGGGUUGCUUCAGCAUCAGAUGUCUGAUCCUGGUUAUGGGCAACCAAAGUUAGACAUGCUGAGAGAUGAUGUAGUUGAUCCAGUUCAACGGAGGAUGCAUCUCCUUCAUGAACUUCAACAGUACAAUUUUAACUCGUCAAGGCACCUAGACCCAGCAUUGGAGCAGAUAAUCCAAGCUAAGAUUAACCAGAGUGCAUUGCGGGGACAGCAGAGUGAUUUGUUGGACCUUAUAUCACAUGCAAAGCAUGGUAAUAUUUUGCCUCCAGAGCAACAACUUCGCAUGCAAAAUGAACAGAUACAGGCACAACAAUUAUCAAUGGCUUUGAGGCAGCAAUUAGGAAUGGAUGGUGAAAGGCGUGUUGCUGGACCAUGGUCGGUUGGUGAAGUUGAUCAGUUUGUCAGUAAUCCUGUUGGUCAUCAUCUGCCUCCAUCUGCAGGAUUUAGUGCUUCCGAUCCUUACCACCAACAGCCGAGGCUUUCCUCUGUUGAGGAGCACUUCAGCAAACUUAAAUGGAAUCAUGCCUUACAGGAGCAGCAUCAGCGAGAGCUUUUUGAGCACAGCUCUACCUCAUUUGAGAGGAAAAUGCCCAUUGCUUCUGGCACACCUAACAUCAACUUGGAAAAUGUGAAUGCUUUUGAUUUACCAGAACACCGCUACAUGCAUGGAAAUGACCAGGUUGCUUCUUUUUCUUCGGGUAUACCUUCAGAAGAGUUUUAUGUUCCCCGUUCAGGUAUGAUAGACAGCUACCGCCUUGGGAAUAAAGGGCAGGUAGAAAAUAGUUGGAAUGAGAAUCCAAUCCAACAGUUUCACUUUGAGGGUGAAAAGCAGAGGAAAAUGUCAGAAAAUUCUGUGAUCUCUUCAGAUCCAACUAUUUGGGCUUCUGUACCUGCUGAGGAGAAGUCUAAGCUAGUGCUGUUCGACCUUCUCAAUCGUCAGGCUGAGAGCGUACAGUCUACACAGUCAUUAGAAAUCAAUCAUCCAUAUCCUCAAGCAUCUUCUAGAGGACAUGAGACCUUUGAUCCUCUUUCUGAGCAAUAUACUUCAAGUUUUUCCCUUCCUAAAGAAACUGGUUCAAAUAGUUUAUUUGUGGAAGAGCUCCAGAAUUCCAACUCAGGUGCCAUCUUGCAGAAUCAUUUUUUUGGUGCUGCUUUGAAUGAACAAGUAAAUCGUACUGGAAAUGGUGAAAGGUUACUCCUUAGAUCGAAUUCGGGAGCAAUAGCAGAUGAGCAGUCUUUGUUAUUAGGUGCUCGGGAUCUCUCCCAUGCUAUUUACACGGAUUCUCAUUUGAUUGCCAAAUCAAGCGUGGAUAAAGACCUGGUAGAGCUGGAAGGAGGGAAGGAAGGAAAGAGGUAUGGCUCCAAAGCAACAAGCAGCUCCCUUUUAGAGACAGAGCAAAAAAAAAAAGCCAUGGAUGGUGGGAGGCUGCAGAUUAAUGCCCAUAGCAGGAGUAGCUCGCUUAGUAGUUCUGGUGGGAUUGUCAGUUCAUAUGAAAUUGGAUUGGACAAAUCAACCGGAGAGGAUGUUUCUAAUGUGAGGUCAUCUAAAGGGUUUGACAAUACUUUGCAUAAGCGGCGGCCUUUAUCACGGGCUGCAUCAUCUCAGGAUGUUUUGUUCGAUUCAACCCCAGUUGCAUUUGUCAAGCAAAAAAGUUCAAUGAACCUUGCAGCUUCAAAUGAAGUAAGGCGGGAGUCUGUAGGGAUACCGGCUGCUCCUCGAACCUCUGAAACUCAGGCAUCCAGCAAGAAAGAUGUGAAUUUUAGGAGGACAUCGUCUUGUAGUGAUGCUUCAGUGUCAGAGACAUUCAUGGAUGUGCUUAAGAAACCUGUACAUCCUGAGCCUGACACCUUGAUCGGGGCCCAGGAAGUAUCUGAUGGUGCACAAGUGGGAAAAAGUGGCAAAAAGAAAGGAAAAAAAGGAAGACAGAUAGAUCCUUCUCUCCUUGGCUUCAAGGUUUCCAGUAACCGUAUCCUGAUGGGUGAGAUCCAACGUCUUGAAGAUUAAUUGGUUUGUGGCUCCGAGUUGUAUAUCUCUCCGCAGUUGGCACAUAUUUGUACAUCUUUUUGUAAAUUGUUCUCCAUUUACUUUUAGAUAGUUUUGUAUAGUUCAUUCGAUAAACAUAGCUCUAUGCAAACAUCCCGAGAUGCAGAAGACAGAAGCGGAAAGAGCUUUUUGCCAAGGCAGCUGCCCGGAGGAUGUCUUAAGGUGCGUAAUAGAUUCUUUGUAGGGUAGUAGUUUAGGAUAUAUGGUAGGAGGAUGAGGCUGGAGCUGCUCUAAUUUUAAGUUUUAUUUAGGCUACUCUUGUCAUAUGGAAAGAUUAAGUCUUAGUUUCAAUAAGAUCAGGAAAAAUUGCAGUUGCCGACCAUUAGGAUUCAACAUAACCAUCAGUCUUGUAUUUUUUUCACCCGAUGAAAUUUAAAUUGUGAGUAGAAGAAAUAGAUUUUUACUAACAAAAGAUAUUUGUGAGAUGCUUAAUUUAAAAUGGUUUGCCUCUUACUGAAAAGUGUCCUUUUAUACUUGUGUAUAAAAAGUUGGGCUUCUUGGCAACCUUGUUGGUUUUGGAAGGAAUCUUUAUGGUUUUCCUUUGACAGGUUCGUGAGAGUUUUGAGUUAUUUUUGGCUUAAUUUGCAUCGUCUAGUUGCUUCCUUUGGGAUAAUUUGUAUAAAUGAGUUGCGUAUUGUUAAA